CUCCUCCCUGCCCCACAUCCCGUGUCAGCUCCUCGUCCCUGCCCCACAUCCCUGCCCCACAUCACCUCCCUGUCCCACGUUAUUCCCAAUCCCCGUGUCACCUCCCUGUCCCCAUCUCUGCCCCACAUCCCACGUUCCCCCCAUCCCCAUCUCCUCCCUGCCCCACAUCCCGUGUCAGCUCCUCAUCCCUGCCCCACAUCGCUGCCCCACAUCGCCUCUUCAUCCCACAUUGUUCCCCAUCCCUGUGUCACCUCCCUGUCCCCAUCUCCGCCCCACAUCCCGUGUCCCCCCCCAUCCCUGUCACUUCCCUGCCCCACAUCGCUCCCCAUCCCGUCCCACCGCCCCAUCCCGCGUCCCCGUGCUGCCCCCCUCACUGUCCCCCCCCGCAGAUGUCCCCGUAUGACAGCCUGCUGCUGUGCCAGCCCGUCUCGUCCCCGCUGCCGCUCAGGUAGGGGCACCCACGGGGGCACACGGGGGGGGACACAGCUUUGGGGUCACAGCUUUGGGGUCACAGCUUUGGGGUCCCACACUGGGUCCCACGCUGGGGUUCCACAUUGGGGUCACAGCAUUAGGGUCCCAUCUUGGGGUCCCACAUUGGGGUCCCCCGUUGGGGUUACAGCAUUGGGGUCCCACGCUGGGGUCCCACAUUGGGGUCCCAUAUUGGGGUCCCAUAUUGGUGUCCUACAUUGGGGUCCCGCACUGGGGUCCCACACUGGAGUCCUAAAUUGGGGUCCCACCUUGAGGUCCCAUGUUGGGGUCCCACAUUGGGGUCUCACAUUGGUGUCCCAUGCUGGGGUCCCACAUUGGGGUCAUAGUGGUGGGGUCACAGCAUUAGGGUCCCACAUUGGGGUCCCACAUUGGGUUCCUACAUUGGGGUCCCAUGCUGGGGUCCCACAUUGGGGUUACAGUGGUGGGGUCACAGCAUUAGGGUCCCACAUUGGGGUCCCACACUGGGUCCCAUGCUGGGGUCCCACAUUGGGGUCCCACGCUGGGGUCCCACAUUGGGGUUACAGCAUUGGGGUCCCAUGUAGGGGUCCCAUAUUGGAGUCCCACGUUGGGGUCCCACAUUGGGGUCUCACACUGGGGUCCCACAUUGGGGUCACAGCAUUGGGGUCCCACACUGGGGUCCCACAUUGGGGUCACAGCAUUAGGGUCUCACGUAGGGGUCCCACAUUGGGGUCCCACAUUGGGGUCCCACCUUGGGGUCACAGCAUUGGGGUCCCACACUGGGGUCCCACACUGGGGUCCCACAUUGGGGUCACAGCAUUAGGGUUCUACGUAGGGGUCCCACAUUGGGGUCUCGCAUAGGGGUCCUACAUUGGGG